GUCUGGCGGGCGGUCGUCUACGCGAUCUUACCAGGUUGAAAGUUAACGGACAUCACAGGAACCCCCAUAUGGGCAUUGGGCAGGUCAUCCGGCUGUUCUCGAUCAUGAACCCGGUCGAUAGCAUCCCUUCCUGAUGGACCACCCUUUGGAUCACUACUUUAUGCCGAUGUGAUCAUACAUCAAUCCAUUUCACUUCCCCCAUGGCGCGCCUCCGCCCUCUCUCCCUGCUCGUCUCCCUGCUGAGCCUCGCCCUCGUCUACAGCCUCUACCACCAAUACUCCCUUCCUCCCUCGUCGCCGCCCCUCCAUCCUCUCCCUUCCGACUGUCCCUCCCGCCCAGACCUCAACGACAUUCUUGUCAUCCUCAAAACAGGCGUCACCGAAUCCCGCGCCAAAGUGCCUAUCCACCUAACCACCACCCUGCGCUGCAUCCCCAACUACGCCAUCUUCUCGGAUUUUAUCGAGCCACUCAGCCCCUCCCUCGCCACCCACGAUGUCCUCUCCUCCCUCUCCCCAAACCUCCUCGCCACCAACCCCGAUUUUGACCUCUACCGGCGCGUCCGCGACCACGGCCCUGCCGCUCUCACCCCGGCCGACCUCAACCCAGACAUCAACACCCCGAUCGGCAAGCCCAACAACCCAGGCUGGAAACUGGACAAGUGGAAAUUUCUCCCGAUGCUCGAACGCGCGCUAGCCGUGAAACCCGACGCGAAAUGGUAUGUCUUCAUGGAGGCAGACACCUAUCUCCUAUGGGACAAUCUGCUACCGUGGCUGCGCCGCUUCGAUUCCCGCAAACCGUGGUACUUAGGCAACCAGAUGCAGAUCGUCGAUGCGAUAUUCGCGCAUGGUGGGUCGGGAUUCAUCCUGUCUCGGCCGGCGAUGGUCAAGGCGAUGGAGAGGUGGAAACUGAGUGCGGACGCCUGGGAGACUGCGGUCGCGGAACAUUGGGCGGGAGACUGUAUGCUGGGGCUGUUGUUGGAGGAUUCCGGGGUGGAGCUGACUUGGUCCUGGCCCAUGGUGCAGAUUGCGCCCCCCGGGGAGAUGGAUUAUUUCUCGCGCGGGUAUGAGAAGAGGCCGUGGUGUCAUCCGGCCGUCUCAUUCCAUCACAUGGAUGAGCGGGGGAUAGUGGAGUUGGAGAGGUUCGAGAGGGAGGAGGGAGGGAAGGGGAAGAUGAUACUCUAUCGCGAUGUGUUUCUCAAGAUGGUCCGGCCGUUUGUGCAGGCCGUGCGCCAGGGGUGGGACAAUCUGGCGGAGGGGGAGGGGGUGCCGGUCAAGAGUUUCGCAGCUUGUCGCGGGGUGUGCUCACGCGAGGCACUCUGUCUGCAGUAUGCGUACAAUGAGACUGCCGGGGAAUGUCGCACGUCCAAGGUGCUCAUGCUGGGCCGGGGUGCCGGGGAUGUUGCCUCAGGGUGGAUGACGGAGCGCAUCGAUGCGGUGGCCGACAGUCUGGGCGAGUGUCGGACAAUCAGCUGGAUUGGUUGAUCUCUCCAGGCUCGUGACCGGCAUUCAUUAUAGUAUCCGAUAUAGAGCGAUUAAAUACUCAAGGAAGGUAGAAGUAAAUUGGGUUCGGUUGUCUCUAUCUUUGCUCACGUAGUGCCCGCA